UGGCGAAACGAUAAGUAUUAUACCUAUAUGUAGAUAGCGGAUAUCAGUCAGUACUAAAAAUGAUGUGGCAUAUAUUAAUACUGUUUGGAACUGUCCUCUGCUCACAAGCGGAGGAUGAGGUGUUUAAGAUCAGUGUGGUGACUCCUUCAGCGGGCGACGACCUCGAGUGGCCAACCAACACCCGCAUCAUAGGCGGCACCGACACCACCAUAGAACGGUUUCCGUACAUUGUUCAGAUACUGAUCAAUAAUUCUGCUCUACAAUGCGGGGGUUCGCUUAUAACCAUGAGACACGUGCUCUCUGCCGCACAUUGCUUUUGGCAGGGUACUGGCGUAACCAGCCCGAGGUACUUCACCGUACGAGCUGGUACCAAUCUAUUCAACUCAGGCGGCCGUGCAGUAUCCGUGUCCAUGAUCAUCAUCCACGAGCGGUACAAUCCAUCGAUACAUGACAACGACGUCGCCGUGUUGGUGCUCAGCUCCACCCUGAGGAGGAGCAAUCAGAUCUCUACGAUUGGCAUUCCCGAACCGGAAUACAAGAUUCCGGACAAUUCUAGUGUCACAUACGCUGGCUGGGGGACGGUUAAUCCACACGUGGAGCAACUACCCAGUAUCCUUCAAGAGGUGACAGUCCUGACAAUAAACCGUGCUGUAUGCUCGGAUCUAUACAAUCAACAGCAAUAUAUUACCGGUUACCCGUUGGUUAUCACAUCCAACAUGAUAUGCGCCGGCCUGCUUCACGUCGGAGGUAAAGAUGCCUGCCAAGGUGACAGUGGCGGGCCUCUUAUUUACAACGGUGUUCUGGUGGGGAUUACCUCAUGGGGAUAUGGUUGCGCAGACGGCAGAUUCCCCGGUGUGAGCGCAAGAGUGUCCAGCUUCACGACAUGGAUUAACGCCACCGUGACGCGGUACAACGGUAGCGCGGGCCUGCAGGGAGUCGCCACUGGUCUCCUGCUGGUUGCAUUGCUGGUCGGCACUUACCAGCAUUAUCAGUUGACUCUCUAGUAUAUUUUCAUGUAAAUAUAUUGUAUAUAGUCUAAAACAAAACUACCUACUCAUUUGUUAUAUUUGAAAUUAGUUAUUAAUUGUUGUUAUGGUUUUUUAAGUAUCUGUUAGUACCUAAUACAGUAUUUCCUUUGUUAUUAAUUUUAUAUUUCUAUUAUUGUUAUGUAAAAAAAAAUAUUAUCAAAUUUGUUAUUACUACCAAAAUUUUGUAAUUAGCUGACUCUUAAGGAAUUAAAUGGUUUUCAUUAGUAUAUAUCGCAGAGAAAUAUGUUAGAAUUAUUUUUAAAUACUUAAGGAUAUCAUGAAAGACGUCGAGUGUUCAUACAAAAUUAUUAGGCGUUUUGUUACCAUGUUGUAAUAAAAAAAUAUGUUCACUAAG